CCUCAUAGCUGAAGUCUUUCAUCUGAUGUUAAAAUCAUUUCCAUUUAAAAUAAAUAAUAACUUAAUAAAAAUAAGAAAGAAAAUAUUCUAAAAUUCUACACAGUUAGAUCUGAUGAGACAGAAACUGAAAUUGGAUCAAUCCAUUUUCAGAGUAACAUGAGUUAAUUUGCAUAUCUACAGCAGGCAAAGCAACACAAGAGGUUAGGGAUAGGGAUGAUCUGAUUCAGACUCAUACUACAGGCAAAGACAUAAAGUCAUGACAUAAAUCUCUUUUCCACCAAUAUGAACCAGGUGCUGGUUCUGGGCUGGUGCUUAUACCAGUUCGGUACUGGUUCCACUCGCCAGAUUAUCUAAGAACCAGUCGAUUUUCCACAGACUGCGAGCCAGCGUAGGGCUACGUCUUUAAGUCACUGCUUGCACCUCCGUUGUCCUAGCAACGUGUCAUGAAGUCAUCAAUCAUAAUAAACAAUGGAGGACUACAUACCAAUACUUUUGCUCCUGGCUUUACAAAUUCACACUGGAAUUCGGAGACGCGCUUUGACAACUCUUCGUGACCGCUAUGGACAGAGGAUACGUUCAAGAAGAAAGAUUGUAUUAAGGCUGAGGGCAACGAGGAGGAGGACACAUGCUGUUUGGCCAUACCACCCAUCACAAACCUGGUGGGACACAGUUGUGCCGGCUUUCACCCCUACACAGUUUAUUCGAAACUUUCGAGUGUCCCGGGAGUCAUUUGAAUACAUAUGCCAUAAGGUCAGGCAUCUCAUGGUCAAAAUGAACACCAAUUACCGUAUGGCUGUUCCAGUUAGAAAACGUGUAGCAAUUGCUCUCUGGAAGCUGGCUACUGCCGGCACUGAGUAUAGGACCAUUGGCCACCUUUUUGGGGUAGGUAUAAGCACAGUGUUUAACUGUGUUCAGGAGUUCUGUGACUCGGCUAUAAGGGUCUUGCUCUCUAAACACAUCACCACUCCAGAUGCUGCUAAGCUGGUUGAAAUGGCCACCUUCUUCAAUAACCACUGGAGAAUGCCACAGUGUGUUGGUGCAAUAGAUGGAAACCACAUCCCAAUCAUUGCACCCGAGGAGUAUCCCCGUGACUAUUUUAACAGGAAAGGGUGGCACUCGAUUAUAUUGCAAGGAGUUGUGGACGGCAAAGGACUGUUUUGGGAUGUGUGUGUGGGCUAUGCAGGGAGUGUGCAUGAUGCAAGAGUGCUAAGACAAUCACAUUUGUGGGGGCAACUAAGUGAUGAAGGACUUAUGAAGCCCUUCUCAGACACUGGAAGACUGUCACCUGAACAACACACCUACAAUUACAGAUUGAGCAGUGCGCGUUUGGCUGUAGAGAUGGCUUUUGGAAGGUUAAAGGGACGUUGGAGAUGUCUCCUCAAAAGAAAUGACUGCAAGCUGGAGCUUAGCAAGAAAAUGACCUUGACCUGCUGUGUGCUUCAUAAUAUUUGUGAAGAGCAUGGUGACAGAUGCAUUGAGGAUCGCAGAGACAGGCAGUUAGACAUUCAACCUCCAAAUCAGGUAUUACCUGAGCAUGGUGAGCAAGAAGGGGCAGAUAUUAGAGCAGCCUUAAUGAACUAUUUCAGUAUAGAGGAGUGAUUGUUUUCAUUCUUCAUUACUGCCAGUUACCUGUUUUGUGUUGUGGUACAUGUACAGUAUCUGUUGAUUUAUUCCUGUAAUUUUGGAUAGGUAGUUAAUGUGGAAUACAUUCAUGAAAUUAUUUUAACCGGUUGUGCCUGUGUGUGGUGUGCCUGCGUGUGUGUGUUUGUUUGCACGGCACAUUCACAUAUUCAAAACUGUUUUUUGGAAUAGGGAAGGGUGAGAAUGUUGGUAAAUAUAUAAACAUGUGUUUUGGCAUUAACAAUCAAAUAAAUAAAUAAAUAACAUUUAUUAAAUUAAAAACAGUAUUCUCUAUUUGUUUUCUUGCGCCUCCAUCACUGCCACCAUGCGCCCCAUGAGCCCAAGCAGAGCGCUUGUGUCUGCCUCCAUCUUUGCUGCCAUGUCCUUGUUAAGCUGCAAGAACUUAUCGUCAGCCUUCUCCCUGUAGUCCAACAGCUCCUCAUUGUCACGCUUUCUUUUUGCUGUGUAGAAAACAAACAAACCAAACCAAAAUGUGUGAUUAGAGGACGAUGUCAAACUAUCUACCACCAGAGCAUAGUUGCUGUAAUAUAAAUACAUCUUGUACUAGUAGUGCACAGUACAGUACAAGUCCACACAUUACUGCAGAUAAGCUACAGUUUGUUUUACAUUGGCUGCCACCAUAAUUUAACUAUUUCUAACAAAAUCUGCAAACGAUGCACCUGCAUGUUGACCAUAAUCUACCGUUUCAGUAGGACAUACUGACCCUUCAUUUUAAGAAACUAGGUUAAAUGCUUGGAGGCAGGAGGCAUAAAGGGCAGUAAGUAAGUUAAGGUUAAAUGCUUGUUGGACAAUAUAUGCAAUGAGGUAAUGUAUAACAUGUAGGCCUAAACAUUAAGGAAACACGGAAUACAUAGCACAAAAUAUUUUACCUCGUUUGGCUUGCCGUGAUGACACGGAGGCAGAUGGUACCGAACGCGGUGAGCUGCAGUCCUGUGGUGGUGGUAGCUCCGUGUCCUCAACAUCCCCUUCCUCACCAGUGACGGACAACUCUAAA